UAUUCUCGAAAUAUCGAUUAUAAAUGGUAGACUGAUGUACAAUCUCCCUGUGGGCGGGGUGUCUGAUAGAGGGGUAGGGGUACUGACUGACCAGUGGCAACGAACGUUCUGUGUCAGUCAUGUUCUGCUGGCACUGUCUAUUCUGGUGGGCUGGAUGCUGCAUCUCGUCGUCUUCUAUGUGUUCUUGUGCUUGUGUGUGCUGCAUGUGUCGCCCUAUAAACGCCCUGAAGACAAAACUAAAUGCCCUAAAGUCAAGAUCAUUCGGAACUCUGAUCUUCAACAGAUGAUGGGCCACUGGUAUGUAGUUCAGUAUUACGCAAGCUCUGAGGAGGAUCUGGCCUACAAGUGUAUGAGAGCAGUGUUUUCAUUGAACCACCAGACCAACGAAGUCUCACUCAACUUCACAUACAGCUACACAGAUGAUCCUGACCGUGAACUAUUGGUGGGAAAUAUCACCUGGGUCAUACCGGAUCCUGCUCACCCAGCACACUGGGUUCACGCAGAGGAGAGUUAUGAAGGAAUCUACAACACGUACGUACUGGACUCCAACUACUCAAGCUGGUCUCUACUGCUGCAUUGUGCCGAGAAGUCUAAGUCACCACGAUACUUAUCCAGUUUCAUCAUGUCUCGCACCUCCAAGCUUCCACCCAACGUGAUCUCAUUCCUACGUGACAAGCUGCCACGCUAUGAUAUUGACAUGGAGUACAUGUUCCCUAUGCUACAGACAGGCUGUAAUGCACCCGAGCAACUUUUGCAUUAUGCUCCACCUAGGAAGAAACAUCCCAACAAGAGAAGACAUCCACUAAAACACCCCCACCAUUGAUGUACUAUAUAAAAAUGCUUAUGUUUAUAAUGGCUGUGUAUUAUAUGUUCAUUUGUAUACUUGUAUAAAAUGAGAUAAACAUGAAAAAUUAA